AAACAGUCCUGGAACUUGAGUCACUCAUGUAUAUAUACUUAUAAAAGUAAUUUAAUAACAAAUUAUGUGAAUAUAUAUGGAACACUAUUUAAACCUAAUAUCUAUAUUUGAAUGAUAUUUAAAAAGCCCAUAAUUGUUUUCUCCUUAAAAAAAAUAAUAGUUAUUUUCUCCAGACAAAAAAAUAAAAAAAUAGAAAAAAAAAAUAAUUGUUUUGUUAAAUAAAUAUAUAAUGUCUAUUGUUUUGAAUUUAAAUUAAUUAUAUUCUGUUUAAGAUAAGAAAUAUUAACUUCAUUUUUUUUUUGAAAAAGAGUUGCAAGAAAUAACACGAAAAAGCAGCAGCCACCAAAGGAGCAAGAGGAGCUCCUCUUAGCCAUCCACUUGCAGCCUGAUAGCAUCCUUGGCAAGGGAGUGUGCUUGGACAUUGAGUUGUCGAGGCAAAUGCUGCAAGGAGACACCAGGGAAGUUGGAGAUGGAAAGCCUGAUCAACGAAACGAGGCUUGAAAGAGCGAUUGAUCCUGCCAUGUCCCAGUAACUUUGGAGGCAAGGUUUAGACAGUCUGUGAAAAUCAAGUCCGGCUUCAACUGAGAUGAAACACACCAGGAUAGACCUUCUAAAAGGGCUUGACCUUCCGCAAAGAUUGGUGUAGAUGCUCCUAGUUUAUGAGCCAUUGUCGAAGCUACUAUUUGAUUGGGUCCUUUCUUGAAAACAAAACCAAAACAUGUGACACAGUUUUCUUGAUCCAAUGCAGCAUCUACAAACAAAGUUGUGCUAUCGUCCCCCAUUCUGUCAGAGAUUGUGUGGGUAGUGAUAGAACUCUGAUGGGCAGAAUUGGAAGAAGGAGACAUUGCACUAUGAAUUUUUUGGGCCUCCUUAUAUUCCUGUAAAUAAUUUAAAACAAACUCUUGCACAUUGUUAGAAACAUAAGACCUUUGAAACAACAAAGAGUUUAUGGUAUUCCAAAUUUGCCAAAUUAAACUAACAAAAAGAGGGAGAUCCUUUGUAGGUAUUAAAUGAAUGCCUUGAAGGUAGAACUCUCUAAUAUCAUGCCGUCGAUUCGAUUCUCUGUAUGAAAAGAAUGAAACUUAGAAUGCUUCCAAACAGUACUAGCUCGGUGACGAUCAAUAAGUGCAUGAGUUACCGAUUCCAGUCUGCCUCCACAGAAGUGACAAUAGGGGUUUUGAAGGACUUUCUUGUGAAACAGAUUUAGAGCACGAGGUAAAAUGUGGUUAAACGCUUUCCAAGUAAAAUGCGUGAUUUUUGGUGGGAGAGGGAGUGUCCAAAGGGUUUUCCACCAAUGCUUAAGAGGGUUAGGAUCAGAGGAGGAGGGAGAGUCAAAGUUUGCGGAAGAGGAAGCAAGGUGGUACGCUGAAUUGACAGUGAGAAUGCCAGAAUGAUGAAGACCCCAAAUGAGAGUGUCUACAGGAUUGGGAUCCAGAGGGAUUUGAAGGACAGUUUUAACCUGAUACACGGGAAGAUAAUGUUGAAGCUUUGCAACAUUCCAGGUAUUGUUAGGGUUUAUAAAAAAAGAAACAAUGGGGUGAGAGGAUUCAAUUGGGUGAAGAAACGUAGGGUGAGAAACUCCAGGUAUCCCGUUGGAAGCAGAGAUAGGGAUAUUAACUUCAUUUGAAAUUAGGUGUAGUAGCAACUUCAAUUACAUUUUUAGCACACUUAUUUUUCUUCAUUCUUUUUUAACAACUCUUAUCUCCCAAUUAUACGUUUUCAUACUAAACCGCCGAUUUUCCCUCAAAUCACGAUCUCACUCUACAGAAAACCCAUUGCAUAUCCUCUUCUUCUCCAAUCCCCAUUGAUUCCUCCAAUAUCUUUUUCUUCUCUUAUCCGAAAUUCACCCUAACUUUCUUUUAACCCUCCUUUGUCAUCUCCGAGGCUUCGUGAGUUUCAAAGUUUUCUCCCUUUGUUCUAUUCUGCUUGCUUAUUUGACUUAUAUCAAUAUCAGUAUAUAUCUCAUUACAUUUACAUAUAUUUCUUCAACAACAAGCAUUGUCUCUUUGUUUUUUUAGUUAAUGUUUCUUUUACUAUGAUUGCACAGACUUAACUCUCAAGUUACCAAUCACAACAACACUCGCACAUUCCCCAAAACGACAUUCCGACAGCACAUUUCUUGCCCAACCAAUAAAAAAAUAGCAAUGAAUCACGUAAACGACAUCGUUUUGGAAAGUUUUAGUUAAUCCGACACUAUGUUUACUAUUAUUUACACAAAUUGACACUCUUAAUAGUUGAAAGAACUACAAGGCUUCCGAGUUUCAGUCGGACACCACAGAUUUCAAUCAUAUUCAGAUGGCUCUGUCGUCGUCUCCGCUGUCCAAGGGCAUAGUCAUCACGGUACCGGUGCUAGUUCUGGCAGCCUCAGCCACCGCUAUUCUCUUUCUUUUGUUGUCUCUCUCCUCAUCCUCCUGCGAUUGUUCUUCCGCCGUGGGCACUGUUCGAACCCCAGUGAUCGAGAGCGCUGUUGAAAACGCCGCCUUUUCGGUGGCGGAGCGGAUAUCUACGAGCAAGGAUGAUGUGGAGUGGGUGAAAGAUCAGAUCCGAAUCAAUGGGUUGCAUAUGCAGGACAAUGUGCUUCGAAAGGGUAUUAACCCUCGCACUAGAGCUGAACAGCUUCAAGAUCUCAUAAAUUACAAGGGAAUUUCUCACUAUGAAGGACAAGAAUCAAACAACCACACUGCACUUCCAUGCCCUGGUGGGCUCCUUGUUGAAGAGCACCAUAGCAACUAUGGUGAGCCAUGGGCAGGGGGCCGAGAUGUGUUUGAGUUUCUUGCUGAGUCUUCCCACCUCAGACCCAACUCGCGUGUUCUAGAGAUUGGUUGUGGCACCCUUCGAGUUGGGUUGCAUUUUAUACGGUAUCUCAAACCUGAACACUUCCACUGCCUUGAAAGAGACGAGUUGUCAUUAAUGGCUGCUUUUAGGUAUGAGCUUCCUUCCCAAGGUCUAUUGCAUAAGCGCCCUUUGAUUGUGAGAGGCGAGGAUAUGGAUUUCAGUAAGUUUGGCUCAGGAGUUGUCUAUGAUUUGAUCUAUGCUAGUGCUGUGUUUCUCCACAUGCCUGAUAAGCUUGUUUGGGUUGGGCUAGAGAGAUUAGCAAGUAAGCUGAAACCCCAUGAUGGGCGCAUCUUCGUGUCCCAUAAUGUUAAGUUUUGUUCACGUUUAGGGGGAGAAGAGUGUACCAAGAGGCUCUCUAGUUUGGGGCUUGAAUAUCUUGGGAAGUUUACACAUGAUAGCCUGCUUUUCAAUCACUAUGAAAUCUGGUUCGGGUUUAGGCGGUUCAAGACUUAGAGUUUCGAUAACAUAUUCCUUAAUUUAGUUGUGGAAUUGUGGAACCUGGAUCCUCAUUAGAAAGAUCAAACAGAAAGCUAUGAAUAGAUGUUUUCCUUUGCCUUGCUCUUGCUGCAGUGCCAUUGGUAGCUGUUACCACAUUUUUUUUAAAGGCUCCUGGUGGUAAUUGUAUUUGAAAGAGAAGCAGCUCAGAAUUUAGCAGCACAUUCUCUUGAUGCAACACUAGUUUGCACAGAAUUUGUAAACUAGUGAAGUGAGACUCUGCUUUCUGUUUGUUUGUGGUUGGAUUAGGAAAAUGAUAUUGUUUAAGUUAUGAAUGUAAAUCGGAUAAUUUUUGCUUAGAUUUAUUUAUUGUAACAUUGUGUGAACUGUAUUGAGUGAGAUAGUUGCUGUAGCAGAUUUUUUUUCUUUUGGAAAAUAAGCUAUGAUUAUAUAAUGUGCAACUUUUCAUGUGUAUUAUUUAGCUAAAGAUCAAAUAAACAUAUCGAUUAAUAU